GUGAUGACCUCGGUGCAUUUCGGACUUGCGAUUCGAAUGGUGCUAACUCCCUCUUUCCCCAUGGACGAUUCGUGCAUCCGAAAUGCCCUUUUGAGACGGACGCGAGUGUUGGGCGUUAGGUUCCCCUUUUGCAGGAGAAACUACGUGCAAUUGGUGCGCGAAUUACAUAAGAAAGAAAUUAUAACGUGUAUAUUCUCGCAUGAGUCGCACACACGUACGUGCGCGGCAAUGACGGGCGGAUAUGUAAUUCCGUAUCAAAUCCGACUCGAUUGCGCACGUAACUUUUGCGUUGUUGCGACGAAUGGCUUCGCUGGAAGCGUCACUUCGUCUCGCAGCCGCGUCGCCCGGCGAAAUGGCGCGUAUCAGUUUCUACAGACAUUUCCUGAGCGUUGUUCGAGAAACUCGACUAAUCGCUUUCACAGCGGCGAUCGACGUGGGAUUUGCGUGGAACGAAUGGCGUUCGUGCCGAGAACGCGUGCUGCAAAUUUCGGCAGGAAGGAGAGAGAGAGAGAGGAGAGGCUUUUUGUCUCUCCCUUGCUUGCUCGCACUUCGUGCGUUCGAGUGCUCUCGGUACUUGUACGCGUCGUUAUUGCGCGCAUUUGCCGCGCUCGCGAAUCCGUUAAUUAAGAGAUUCCAAUCAUGUGAUACGUAACAAGCGCGAACUAUUCGCGGCAUACAUUUGCGUCACGAAGUAUGUCUAGCAAGACAGCCACGUGAUGAUUCUAUCAACCGCGAUCGAUGACACUUCGGUUCUAUCGUUUCAUCCUCGUCGCGGAAUAUUUCGGCAUCCUCCCGAAUUUUGCCGAUGAUUUCCGGGAGUACCGAUGAGAAUACUGAUUUCAAUGAGAAAUUUGUCGAUUUUGAAUUUAUUGAUGCGUAUCGUUCUACUGUCGAUUUUAAUACAUCACUCUUGUUUUGGGGGAUGUGACAACGAAUUUCUAGCGAUCCGAGAAGACGAGCCUAGCGAGGGUACAGCGAAUGUGUUCCAUGAAGUUCGAAGAUUUCGGAUGUGUACAUAUACUUUUGUACAUAUAUAUAUACUUUUAUAUAUACGCGUAUUUGUUGGACUUAUAUUACGUGUGUACAAUGUUAUGUACUUUUUAGUAUGAGAAUAACGUUAUAAGGUUCCAGAACGUCGAAUGACACCGUCCAAAGAAUUCGGCACACUGGCUACUGCUAACUAGACGAUUAAAUAGCGUUUCAUCGACGUUGAAAAACGAAAGAAAGAAAUUAAAAAAUUCUCUGGUCCUCUUAUUACAAAUUUUUUGGUUUUGACUGAUUUAUACGAUUAUGUAAUUGCAUUCGGUUCUGUACAGAGCACACACAGGGACGAUUUCACUCGUUCGUGACUCAUAAAAUUUUAAUCAUGCAUAGAAAUUAGGUACAUAUCUACAUAUCAUUAUCCGCAUUUCCAUUUUGCGUUAAAAAUGUAAUUGUCUGAUAGAAUAUAAAAUUUGCUUGCUAUUAAAACAGAUUCUGUUGCAAUGUUGCAAAUAAAACGAUCACGAUAUUUAUUAUUAAUAAAGAAAUGUUGCAAAAGAUUGGUUUUAUCUAUGCAAGGUGUCAUCAUUGAUGUAGACACGAUUCUGUCUGAUGGAAGCAAUAUUUUCGAGGAUCGCAUUGGGCCGAAGAAAUUGAUCUUUGUCGAGCGUGAAGCAACGAUUGUGGUUCGCUAUUGUUCGAUAUUAAUUUAGUAUGUUGGUCAUGCAACGACGAGCAAAACAAUAUACGACGAGCAUAUCUAUCCAUCGCUAUUCUCGUUUGUUCGCUUAAAUACGCCCGAAUACCAAGUCAACUAUGAAAAGAUUAUGUAGUCAUCACGGGCUACGCGAAAUAUUUUGUUACUGUGAAAGCUUCGUACGAUCGUUUUUCCGUUCAUUCGACAUAUUUUUCAUUUGCCUACAAAUUGCUAUGUUCAAAUUGGCUGACUUUCGAAGUCCUAUAGCCUUUUUUAAAAUAAAUAUAAUAGUACAUAUGUUGCUUUAUAUAAAUUCUUUAUAUGUAAAAUUAUCGAAACACUAUAACUAAUAGUUCUUGAAAACCAAAGUUUCUCGUUGCAAAUAUAUAAAAAAUAUUAAAAAUAUAAAAUAUAAAAUAUUCAAGUUUAUUUUCAUAUAUUAUAUUUAUAUCAGUUUUCACGUAAUAUCAAGGGAAACAGGAUAAUGAACGAGCAGAUGCGAGCUGAAAAUCGGAAGAAAGCGAGUUAAAUUUGCAAAUAACGUACUAUUUGCAUUUUUAAAAUUUUACAGCGCGCGGAACUUGGUGGUGAGUAUACGAUUGCAUUAGGGAUGUACUCGGGCAGAAUUGUAGCAUGCAUCGGGACGUGCGGCACCGUAAAAGCGCGGCAGUUGGACGAGGAUCGAUCGAGCAACAAAUUGGUGAUCGUGCCGAUGGAAAAUGAACCGUUAAGCAGCCUCCCCUCCCCUCUCUGACAAUGACAUACGGUUAGUUUGGCGUAAAUCAGUAGUUUCUACUCGUGGCGAUGCUCCCGUUCACCGGCUGUGUAAUGUGAUAAUUUAACAGAGGCAUUACUGCGUGAGCAGGUGCAAAAUAUUUCAACGAGGCGCGCGCGGCCGCGCGCGAUUCGCUACGCAAAAACCACAUCCGCGCUGUAACCAAUACCCGCGAUAAAUUUAAUUAUUAUUUCGCAGCACAAGCGGAAAAGAGAGAAAGAGAGAGCGGAAUCGAAAGCGCGCGCGAUAGGAAAUGCAUUCGUAAUGAUGUUCCGAACGUUUCGCGCUGGCGAACUAUCCGGGUUUUCGGUUUCUCGCUUUCCACGGCUUCUUUGGCGUUUCACGUUUCUUCGACUCGUCAUUUUCCCAGGUUCGCUUUUCAACUCCUUAAUGAAAGUUUCGGAAUGACGUUAUCCCGUCUCGUUGUUUCCGCGAGGCGUAACGCUCAGACGGUCUUAAUUCGCGCGCGAGGGUUCUAUUUGCGAAUUAAUGUCAAGCGCGCGAACUUUAAUGGAUAGCUUUAUAACUACGCAAGUGUGAAUUUUGCAUACGAGCUAUUUGUUCUCGCCUGCUGACAGGAAGACCGAAUCUUAUCAGUUCCAAUUAUUUCAUUCGUAUGUUUGCGCGUUUUCGAGUAAGAGGGAAGUUAUUAGUCGUGGCGAAUAUCAUUCGUUUUCAGAAAUCAUUUGACGAAGCUCUAUCGAUCAGGAAUAAUUUUUAUUUAUUGCUUUCUUUGUUCAUUUACUUCAGUGAAAGUAGUUAGAAAUUGAAUGCGAUCGUAACAUCGAGCGUAAAAAUAAUUGCGUUAAUGUGUCCCAAACUAAAGCCCCAAGCGAGUCUCGAAAAUAUUGCAUUGAAGUGAAAAUAAAAUAAGAUUCAAUGUCCUAUUUCAUGAGAAAUUAACAUUUAAUAAUAUUUCUAUUUUGAUAAAAAUUCGCGUAAUUUCCACUGUUGGAAAUUGCUGUUUUAAUAUAAAAUAAAAUAAUAUAAAAUAUAAAAUAUGUCAGCGAUAUUGCAAUUAUGACAAGUUGCUACAAAUGCUAUGCACACUCAUUCGUUAUAUAAGUAUCAUUUUUUUUAUUUGCGAGCAAUGCGAUAUUUUUAUAUUGCAAAUUUGCGCGUUACUGCACGCUGUACGUUUCACCAAACUUCUCGUUUGAAAAAAGCUCGGACUUCGCAUCUUUGGAAGAUUAGAUCUAAUUAAAAGUGGCCCUCCGGAACAAGCGUCGUUUCAUUUUGAGUUUCUUUCUCUUUAUUUGGUCCAGCCAGUAUGCUGCCAUUGUUCACUGUGCGACGUGACGAUUACCGCUGGUGCAAGUCUCUGGAUAAUAUCAUGUGAGCACGUAUACGUCUGGGUACAUGAGUGCGCGAAAGAUAACAAGCAAAAUAAUCUACGUGUGUUCGAUAAUAUAACGCGAAAUUAGAAGUUAAGCCACGGAGAGGUGGUAUGUCAUUUCGGAAUGAUAGAAGAGAGUAUACGAGUGAGAGAGACAAUGUGACAAUGAACGUGUACGUGUGUUUGCGGGCGCGCACGUGAUGACGCGUGACUUCGCGCGCGUGCACGUUCUCCAAUGUAUUCUAUCGUCAUUAAUCACACUUCAUCCCCACGCAUCCAUACUAAUGUACUCGCAGUAAUGGUAAAACCAAGUCUGUAAGCAUCUGUAAGUUAUUGGUACUAUUAUAUCAUCAAUUGUAAUGCGAUUAAGGCAUUAACGAAUUCACGAGGAGAUCAGUCGUCCAUCACAGGCGCAGAACGAAAGAGAGAGACAAAUAGAGAAUUCAUUUAAUGUCGAUAUACUCACUGUUCAUUAUUUAUAAAGACUCGAAUGCAGGUUACAAUAAAAUGCAUAGUACUUAAUCGAGCGUUCUUUCCUACUCAUUUUCCUCCUGAUCCCAAUGAUAUUCUGCGCGAGGUAACGAAAGACCAUUGUACCAGCAUCUUAGCGUUUGAGUGACUAAUUGGCUCAAAUCCGUGCUGGCAUGCGUAUUAUUAAUUCUAUUGUGCGAAUUUAAUGAGUUUCUAUCGGUUUUGGAUUAUACGUUAGGUCCAUUGGAGAAGAGUCCGGACGAACCUCACUUAGCAUCUAUUACGAAGAGACGUCUCAUUAAUUCAACUCUACUAUACUUUUGUGAUCAUUAUUUGUUCAUCAAAAAGUGAGAGGGAUCUUUUGACACAAACAUCUUUUUUAAUGAUUGUUCUUGGCGUAAUUAUAGUCGAUAUCAGAUUAUUUCAUAUUAAAUUACAUUAUUAUUUGUGAUCGAUAUCCACUUCGUAGUUAUAAUGUUUUCCUUUUGUUCUCCCUCGUAAUAUAGUCGUAUAUCCCUAAACUACAAGCGAAUUAUAUUUUCUUCGACGUAGUAGUCGAGGAAACUUAUUCGCGAACAACGAUAAACUCGCCGAGCGAGUUGGGUGGCGAUAAAAGCCGCCGGAAGAGGCCUCGCUGGAAUACCGGGUGAACAAAAAAUUUGAAAAAAAGCGAAAAAACGUAACGAGUGCUGGCGGAAAAAAGAACACCGCCAUUGCCAUACUCCGGGCAAACCGGAUGCGCGCUAAGCAUCGCGGUUUUUAAAAGCUCUCUUUUCAGCAAUACACACUGUCCUGGAAAAAUACUAAAUCAGAACUAUGGCAGUGACGUUUGCUGUGCGCUGGUGCAUAUAUAUAUAGAAAGAGAGAGAAAUAUAUGGAAUACGGAUAUGAGUGAAGCACAUCCUCGCCGCUGUAAACGACGUAUCGUAACACAUGCGUGAGUGAGUUUCGGAUGCGAGUAUAGGCAAGUUAUACUGUUUCCGGUAAUUUCUUUUCAUGCGAUUAUUACGACGAAUCCUUUUCUUUCUUUUUCACAAAUUUUUAAGCGGUACAUGUAUAAGUAACAUCGGACAAAUAUUAAAAUUUAAACCAUUCUUAAAAAGCAAAUAAUUAGUUUUAAAUUUUGAUUACAAUAUUUUGUGAACAUUUCAAUCUAUUUCAUUAGGGAAAGGAGUAAUCUGACACUCUGCUCUCUCAAGUUUAAUGAUAAUAAUCAGCAGCACAUAAGCUUCAAAUUUUUAAUUAAUUGUAAACUUUUUAAUCAAGAAAUAUGCUAAUAUAAUUAAAAAUUCAUAAGUUUUUCACACUUGUAUCUAACUUAUAGAUACACGCAAUAAUGCGGAACAAUAACAUGCAUUUAAAAGUACACUUCGACUGUGCUUUUUUCCUUUGCUAAUGUUAACCAUAUUUUUCCAGAUUAAGGGAAAUAUUAUCCAACCUUGAUAUAAGCAUUGCUGAGGAAACAUCGGUGAGACAAACCGCUUUAUUUCGGGACAGUUCUCUCGACCAUGCUGUUGCACGCUUCCUCAUACUUCCAUUGUCCUGUCGCUCGCGCGAGUAACGUUUCUCUUUUUUGCGAGGUGGCAGCGGAGAAAGACAUAAACCCUUUGUCAUAAUUUCGCACUGUGGCGGCACACGUAGUGGAUACGCGACGCGUGGAAUCUUCUGGCGCAUACCGUUGCCGGGCUAUGCAUCAUCUCGACGCAGUCAAGUUGCGCAUGUUUGAAAAAGGGACAGAGUCACGAUGUAUGUCCAUAAAAAUCAUCCUGCCGGACUUUUUGAGAUCUCCUCGAUCAUUCUUUUACUAUUUUUUGUUUUUCAUUAUUUUUUUCGGCAUUUGCGUGCCGACGUUCGGAUUAAUUGGUGCCUCUACGUGUGUUUGCGUAUCGGAAAAAAUUGUUUGGAAGAGAUGCGAAUGCGCGCAAGAAUUAUUAUUGGGGAAUCAUUAGCAAAGAUUCUGCACGAUAAAACACGGAGAGGCGAAUCGAUGGCUUUGCGUCAUGUCAGUACGCAUUCUGUAUGGAUACGUGUACUACGUACACACGGGGGCUUACGUGCAAAGCUGAACGCGUAUUGGUAGUCACUACGUUGACCAUUGUGUACGUACUAUUACAAUGUGUGUGGCUUAGCCAAGUCAACACGCCGACAGAGAACGUCCAUUACUUCAUCAAACCCUGGCCAUCGUCGACAGAUCCGUCCACCACCAAUUUGCCAACAAUCGCGACACUCAGCGAGUAUAAACAGUUUGGCUCUUUGACUACAGCAAGUAGGAUAGAGUCUGAACAGGAAGUGUAUACGCAAUUCAGCGCCGUGCGUGCGACAGAACAGCCAGCAACGUGGAGAGAAAGAGAAUUCUCUUUUGCUAAUUAUCUUAAGACGAGUCACGCUAUCUUGAGACGAGUCUAAGUGUCCAAUAUAAUUAACAACAGCACAAAUAUGUAACUUAUUGUGAUGUAAUCUCCGAGACAAAUCGCGUAAGCGGCAUCGUGAUCUUCGCAAAACGCAAUAUAAAGAUAAGAGGAUCCAUUUAUUUCCGCGGGGUUCCGACAAAGCGUUUCAGGAUUACAGCUUGCUGAUCCGUGUCUACAGCUUGGAGAAACGAGAAUACAGAAAGACGAUGCGGUCGUCGGUAAGGACGUCUAGCGAACCUUCGGCUUAAUUGUAACAUUUAAUCGCGACGCGACCGGGUCGUCGGGUUAAUUAUUUAAACCCCCUUAGGUUAACGUUAAAUUAAUGAGCGUAGCCCCGCAAUGGUACCGCAACAUCGAUAAUUCUGCAGUUCUGCGACCGCUUCUCUAUUGAACUAUAAUAUUGGGACACGUACCGCUCGCAGAAUACCGAUAACUCGUUUAUAUAUCUCGUUUGUACCGUUAACGCUAUUGUUUACGACUAGUAUCACCGACAAGCCUUUUCGGAUUACACAGAAAUAAAUUGAAUUACAAUUUCGAAAAUUGAUAAAGAUUGGUGCUUCAUUUAUAACCCGCUCCGAUCCUUUUUUCAUUUUUUUCUGCAACGUACCGCGACUUAAACUGGAUAUUUGCGAUAGAUAUUUUCAGUCUUUCUUGCUAAUGAAAUUGACUCAACACGGCGACAUUCUAAAAUUUAGAUGGUCGAUAUCGUUCUCGACGUCUUCCAAUUUCGACUCUCGUUAAACAAAAUGUAUACGUAAGACAAUGUUCAAAAAUGUGCGCGAUUUCCAGAACACAGAAAAGUGAUAAAAAAGUGCGAAAUAUCAUGCUAAAGAGAUACGUAGUCCGCGUGUUCCAGAUGUUUAAAUUACUAGCAAUGGUUUUUAUGCGCGGGGCACGCAAUGAAUUCAGUGAAACGUAAAUGUUCGUCGAAUUAAUUAUGACGUGGGUGUAAAGCAGAACAGGAUUCUCAUUAGCGGCAAUGCAUUCAAAUCUGACUCAUUUAAGCUCGUUGAGCGUGAAAAUCAGUCGCGCGAUCGGAUCUUUAUUGUUUCCGCAACAAGCCUGGAUCAUUUUAACGUUUAGCUGUCAAAAGGUACCCGCCCCGGUGGUAAACUGUAAUGCGUGCCUGAAUGCUUCGGGGAAUAUCGGAUAACCAAAGGAUAUAAUGCUAUCACACAGUUUCCCUGUGGUGUCAGAGACACACCGAGAUCGGGUGCGCCUCUGAGAUCAGCCGAACCGCGCCAAUCGUUCUCCCUCCAUUUGCAAAUUAAAUGGUCACGUUCUUGAUUUCAAUUUCACGGCAGGCAAUUCCGAGUUUCCAAUGUAACUUGUCUUAAACUCGGCGACCGGACGUUUAAUCUUAAUCGAUCUGCCGUCUUAUCGCAAGCCCGAUGUAUAUCAACAUUUUUCUAUUUCCACCGUUGACAUCUCUAUCGACUUUCCCCGCCACUCUCGUUCUCCGUCUCGUUCCGUCCAUCCUUCCCCGUUCCUCUCGUCGACUUUUAUCCGUUUUCCUUUACCCAUUCUACCAUACCCCGUUCUUUUCGACCAGCGAUUUCUUUCCCGUCGGGGGUUUCGCCACGUCUUUCCGUUUCGCCGCUUUCCACAGCCUUCUCGUUUGGCUCCUUACAGAUUCCGCAACUACUCCCGUUCGGAAGCGAGCGUCCCCUUAGCCGCCUCGAGUCUUAUCUUAAUGGCUUGCCUUGGCAAUCGAAAGUUCAGUUAUUAUCGCGACCGUUGUCGCCCCGCUUCGCGAACUGCGAGAGGUGGAUUGCGCGGAAGCAUCGUGCUAGAUAGAGAACUGUGGAAAUUACUAGGUUGACGCAUACGCAUGGCUACGGGCGAGGACAAACUUCGCUUUUUGGAGAGCCGGGAACUUUCGAAGCUGAACGAUAUUGUCGCCAAGUCGAUUCAUCUGGAACUGGGAGAGAGUCAUUAAAGCUAAGACUUCUCGAUUCGAGAGAAAAAUACUGUAAAUCACGAAGUGACAGCGGAUCGAUUGAUUACAAGUUCCGAACUAACAAUUGCGUUAUCAUAAACAUCGACCGGUGCGUCGUUUACUUUAUGCGAGCCUUUGUUAUGUCGCUUGGCCUGGAAAUCUCAGGAGACAUUGUUAGCGAUUUCUCUGUACCAACAUUAACGAGAUCUGACAGCAUACAGAUAUAAUCGUUCUCGUGAGAAUAUAUUCCUUUAGCAUGCAGCUUCUCCAAAUAAGCAAACGUUUCCACUGUUAUUGCAACGAAAAUGCGCGUUACAUUAAUAUCGACUUAGUAAGUAUUAUUUUAUUGACAUUAUUGAUAGCAAUUGGCUUAAUUAUUCAUAAACUCAUUUUGAGAUGCUAAUAUAAUGCAUUAUAUAGGAAAUAUUAUUCUUGUAUGUUUAAUGUUAUUUUCCGUGCAAAAAUAUAGAAAUUAUUAAAAAGUAGUAUAGUCGAAAUCAAUUUUUCUAUUAAUAAUUCCUUUUCGAUAAAUGAAGAUCACGUGUUUCGUAUAAAAAUAAGAUAUCUUCAUCGCGGAUUCAUAUGACGAACUAUUAGGUUAUUUUAACCAGAAAUAUAACAAUGCUAAAAUUAUAGUUAUAAGCAAAAAGAGAAGAACUAUGAGUAAAAAAUAUAUAAUAGAUGAUACACUUGUUGGUCGUCAUUAUGGGCAAAUUGAUCUCGAACGUGUCGGUAAUGCGUAUUCUGAUAGAGAAACUUGUGAUGUAAUCACAGAUUUUUUAAAUGUAAAAGAAAUCUUUUUAGGCUUCUUCAGCGAUCCGCCACCAGGUCCUUUCGAUGUUUAUCGAGGACCUGCGACAUUUCGUGAAGGCAUUGAUAAGGGACGACAGAUUCUCGGCGGUCCACCCAGUAAAUUAUUUGAGAAAAAAUUUGAGCGAUUUUUGGAGGGCGAAUCACUUACGGAACCAUGGCGCAAGGAGGUAAAGAAACGAUUACAAGACGAGAAGAGGAAGAUCGGUGAUCGUAUGCUACCGACGUCUCCAUCGAAAAAGCACUCGACGCCCGGAGAUUGGUAUGGAUGCUUCGCUAAAUCGUCUUACUUCAGUCCGGAGCUAAAGGUAGAAGCGAGAAAAAAGACGCCGGUUCUGCCUAAUAUGAAGAUCAAGCCCAAUCCGCUCGGUGGGCCGGGAUACGCGGAUAUUUGCCUCAAUCCUUAUCCGUCCUACUCCCACGAGCCUUACGAUCGCGUACUUGGUAAAAAAGCGGUGUCUGAAGGUCGGUUCUUGACGACCAGCGCGCCGUCAGAUUAUUUUCCUCCCAAUCCUUAUAAGGAUGAGAGGCCAGGACCUACUUAUAUUCGCCCGAUUGAAAUCGCAAAGAAGAUACUCGGCGCGCCGCGAUUAUACGUUCCUUUUCCCAAGAGGCCUGGCGGAAGUCACGACGGUUGUUUCAGCAAGUUUCCCGAGUACAUGAGCGAUCCUUACAUUAAGGCUAGGGCCAAACCGGCUGCUAAGCCCAAGUUUAUAAGCGGUGCACCUUCCUUACGAUCGAAAUAUACAAACAGUAUUAUCGCGCAGAUAACGAGGAUAUCAUGCAACGCUCAAAAUUAUCAGGAAUAUCGAGAAAGAACGUAUCCUUUGCACUGAAGAAUCUUUUCUUAAUUGCACGCUCUUUAAACCCAAACUCUCCGUUGAACUUCCAUUUUUUUAUUUUUUUUCACGAGACAACUUUUCUUACAGUUCUCAAUUGAAUGAAAAUUUUAAUUAAAGAGUUUCAUUUUAAUCUGUAGGUUUUCAUAUUUUAUUCGAUAUUUC